AUGGCUCUUGGCGGUGCCCUCCUUCGCUUCGGCCAGACAGGCCUGCGACUCCUCGAAUUUGCCUCUUCUGCCAUCAUUCUCGGUAUCUACAGCUACUUUCUCGCCGUGCUCUCCGAGAAGAACAUCUACAUUCCGAGAUGGGAGAAGGCUGUUGAGGGCAUGUCUGGAGCGGCCGUCCUGUACACCAUAUUCGGCGUCCUCUUUACCCUCUGCCUGGGGGGAAUCUCCUUCUUCGCCUUGCUUGCUGUCGUCCUCGAUAUCUGCUUCGUUGGCUGCUUCGCCGCCAUAGCCUACUACACACGCCAUGGCGCCAACUCAUGCCGCGGUGUUGUCAACACACCUCUCGGUGUCGGUCUCUCCAGCGAGGCCGCUCCCGGUGCGGGUGAUUGGGGCUACGUUUGCAGUUUGAACACUGCUUGCUUCGCCAUGGCCAUCUUGAACAUCUUUCUCUUCCUCAUCACUGCGGGUAUGCAAGUUCUGUUGGCCCGUCACCACAAGAAAGAGAAACGUUACGGACCCAGCCCUGCGAACAACUACACCAAAGGCUUCGGCCGUCGCCCAUUCUGGAAGCGCAAUCGCCAGACUCGAUCUACGCGUGACACGGAGAUGGCAACAGGUACCACUUCCACAGCGGCAUACCGUCCCAGCCACGAGACUGGCAUGACCGGGUCAACAAUGCACGGUGGCCAUGCCCCUGUGGCCUCUGAACCGAAGUACUGUCAGCCAGGAUAUGGUAUGCAAGGCUACUCGGCGCCGGCGACCAACUAUUAG